CCUUCAGCACCGCCCGCCCCGGACGCGGCUGCCGCCGGCGGGACGAGGAGCCUGGUCCCGGACGCAGCAUGAGCAGCCUCCCCGCCGACCGGGAGGGCGGCCCCGCCGACACCGGCCUGCCCGAGGAGGAGGUGAGGACGCUCUUCGUUAGUGGGUUGCCUCUGGACAUUAAGCCCCGGGAACUUUACCUGCUCUUCAGGCCCUUUAAGGGGUACGAAGGGUCUCUCAUCAAACUGACCUCCAAGCAGCCUGUGGGCUUUGUCAGCUUCGACAGCCGCUCCGAAGCGGAGGCAGCAAAGAACGCGCUGAAUGGCAUCCGCUUCGAUCCCGAGAUCCCCCAGACUCUGCGGCUGGAGUUUGCCAAGGCCAACACCAAGAUGGCCAAGAGCAAGCUGGUGGGCACCCCAAACCCCAGCACACCACUCCCCACUGCCAUACCUCAGUUCAUCGCCCGUGAGCCCUAUGAGCUCACAGUGCCUGCACUUUACCCCAGUAGCCCUGAAGUGUGGGGGCCGUACCCCCUGUACCCAGCGGAGUUAGCACCUGCUCUACCUCCUCCUGCUUUCACCUAUCCCGCUUCGCUGCACGCCCAGAUGCGCUGGCUCCCUCCCUCCGAGGCUGGUUCUCAGGGCUGGAAGUCCCGUCAGUUCUGCUGAAUGCCGGGUGAGUGCUGUCCUGUCCUCCCCCCUGCUGCAACUCUCGUGGUCUCCAGCAGCUUAGAGCUGGUGAACAUCUCAUAAAGCCUUACUGAAAACUCUCCUGGAAGCCCCAGUGUAGUUACCAGGGAGGUAGGAGGAUAGUUCCAUUACACCUGGAACCACCAUGGAUGGCAAAAGCCUUGUGAAAUACACUCUGCAAAUAACUCAGCCUUUCAUGGCUAAAUAAACAAAAGCAAUUCAAAUGGAAGAGCAGGAAGAGGCUCGGCUGAUGCUGAGUAUUGCUUGCUCCAUGAGCCUGUGGGAAGCCUCCUGUUCCAGUGUUUCCAGCUAAAAUCUAAGCAGAGCUGUAUUUAGGAAGAGGAGAUGAGUGAAUCCCUCAAAAAGGUCCAUCUGUCUGCAGCAACCCUGGUAGCCAAAAUGGUUUGCGAGGAUGGAGGGUCAGGGACCACUCAGUUCUCUGCCUGCUCCACCACCCAGGAAGGGCUAUGGCACAGCCCAGCAAAAAGUUUUGCUGCUCAGACUUUCCUGCCUGCAUCCCAUAUAGAAUAAUAGAAUAGUUAGGGUUGGAAAGGACCUUAAGAUCAUCCAGUUCCAAGCCCCAUGCCAUGGGCAGGGACACCUCACA